CUCUCUCUCUCUCUCUCUCUCUCUCUCUCUCUCUCUCCAUCUUAGAUUUAGUCAUAAAUUACCAACCCCUGAUGAUGGAUUGGUAUUCCUUCAUUGAAUUGGUCACAAGAACUCAUGAACUCCAUUGUUCCAGCGCUGAGCUCCAUAGUUUUUGCUUUCUUAGACUUCUUGGACCUUAUUCUCUGCUUCUUUUACAAAUUUGCAGAUUCAUUACUUGAAGAAACAAGUCUCCCCUGUUAUUGCCACCAUGAAAAUAGUGCAGAAAACAGGGUACGCGAUGCCAUUGAUGAAGAAGAUGAGGUUUCUGAGACUCUAAACCGGAGAGAGAACAGAUUCAGAGCCUUCCUGAUUAGAAUUCAGAAAAUGGGUUUCCUUAAAAUGAGAGAAAAAGAGAGAAAUGAGGAAGCAGGUGGUGCUUUAAUGAGGCCAAGGUGGUCUGAUUGUCACUGUGAAGCCUGUGUGUCAUGGCUUGGGAAAGAGAAGCAGCUGCUUCAUGUUGCAGUGAGAGAACCAGCACCAGGUCCAAAAGGAAACAAGGUUGAAGAUGUGAUUCUCAUACAUGGGAUCCUAUCAUCGUCACUGAUUUUUACAGAGACAGUCUUUCACAAUCUCUCAGACAAUGCAGACGGAAAAUUCCGGCUUUUCGCGCCGGACCUUUUGGGUUUUGGGAGAAGCCCCAAGCCAUUUGAGAGCUUAUACAGAUUGAAAGACCACUUGGGAAAGAUUGAAGACUCUGUGAUCAAGCCUUUUGGCAUUGAAUCCUUCCAUCUGGUUGCUCAUUCCAUGGGUUCCAUCAUUGCCUUGGCCUUAGCUGCAAAAUACCCCAAUGCUGUUAAAUCUAUCACAAUAAUUGGGCCGCCAUAUUUUCCCACUUCUUCAAUGGAGAAGGCGAGCUUCACAGCUCUAAUCGGAUUGGCAGAAAGGCGAAUAUGGCCAUUGUUGCUAUUCUGGUCAUCAGUAAUGUCAUGGUAUGAGCAUUUGGGGAGAACUGUGUGCUUCAUAAUAUGCAAGCACCAUAGAUUUUGGGUAUGGAUCAUCAAGCUCUUCACAUUCAAUAGGGGAAAGCAUUUCAUUAUCUCAGACUUGACCAAACACACACAUCAUUCUGCUUGGCACAAUAUGCACAAUGUGAUAUGUGGUGGAGCCAAGUACAUGGAUAACUACUUAGAAACUGUAAAGAGAUCAGGGUGCCCACUUAAAAUUUUGCUAGGGGGGAAUGACCAUUUGGUCCCCAUGAAAUGUGGCUUCCAAAUUAAGCAAAAGGUCCCUUCAGCUGAAGUGGAAGUCAUCCCUAAUGCAGAUCAUUGUACUGUGAUUCUAAAGAGAGAAAGGGAAUUCACCAGAGAUCUUGAACACUUUUGGGCUUUUGCAAGCACUUGAAGCAAUGAAUCUUUGUUUAUGGAGCAGUGAGAGAUAUAUUCUUUGUUCUAAAAUUCUCUCUUAUCUUUUUUUCAAAGAAAUCAAUUCUUU